AUGAUCACUGAUGAUGAUUGUGUGUAUGGUAAUGUCAGAGAGGUGGUCCGUGCGCGGCUGCAAGAGAGGGACAUCUGCGUGAAAGAUGUCCGACUGAAUGGCUCGGCUGCCAGCCAUGUCCUCCAUCAAGACUCCGGCCUGGGAUACAAGGACCUGGACCUGAUCUUUGGCGUCUCCCUCAAAAACGAUCAGGCCUUCCGGCUUGUGAAGGAUGUGGUGCUGGACUGCCUACUAGACUUUCUACCUACCGGUAUUUGCAAAGAGCGGAUAUCGCCGCUGACGCUUAAAGAAGCGUACGUACAGAAACUGGUCAAAGUCUGCAACGAGACUGACCGCUGGAGCCUCAUCUCUCUGUCCAACAACACGGGCAAAAACGUGGAACUCAAAUUUGUAGACUCGUUGAGACGCCAGUUUGAAUUUAGCGUGGACUCCUUUCAGAUUAGCUUGGACUCUUUGCUUUUGUUUGAUCGCUGCUCAGAGACGCCGAUGUCAGAGAGCUUCCAUCCAACAGUGGUGGGCGAAAGCGUCUAUGGGGAUUUUGUUGAAGCUUUGGAUCACCUCUACAACCGUAUCAUUGCAACAAGAAGCCCAGAAGAAAUUCGUGGAGGUGGUUUGCUGAAAUAUUGCCAUCUGCUGGUGCGUGGUUUCAGAGCGCGAUCCGAAGCUGACAUGAAGCAGAUGCAGCGGUACAUGUGCUCGCGGUUUUUCAUAGACUUCCCGGAUAUCGGAGAACAGCAACGAAAACUGGAGGCCUAUCUCCAAAAUCACUUUGCUGGGAUGGAGCACAAGCGGUACGAAUGUCUGAUGACUUUGCACGAAGUGGUGAACGAAAGCACAGUUUGUCUAAUGGGACACGAAAGGCGGCAGACCCUCAACCUUAUCUCUAUGUUAGCACUGCGCGUUUUAGCCGAACAGAAUGCAAUACCGACCAUCACCAAUGUUACAUGCUACUACCAGCCCGCACCAUACGUCCAGGACAUCAACUUCAGUAACUAUUACAUAGCGCACGUGCAUUCGCCACGGAUGGGUACCAGCUCUUAUCAAACAUGGCUUCCCUGCAGCUGA